AUCGCAACUAAGCUGGACCCGUUGAAUCUUUCCCCAAAGCGCCCCUCAGCGCAUUGUUUCGCGGAUCAGCUGUGAGUGGAUCUAAAACCCCACCCAAUGAGGAAGGAAAGAAGUGAAGCAAAGCAAAGCCGACCUCAGGAAAAUACGAGGCUUCAAAGCGAUUGUCAUUCAUUAAAAGGCGUAAAGUCAAAACACCGCCGUUUAUAUUGCGAUUUUUAAAGACCGAAAAUUAAAGACCUUUGAGCGCCGCGGCGGUGAAGACAGCCAGUCAGCUGAUAUUUUGCUACCAGCUCUCUCAAGAUGAUAGCCCUCUUUAACAAGCUGUUGGACUGGUUCAAGCAGCUAUUUUGGAAGGAAGAGAUGGAAUUGACACUGGUCGGUCUGCAGUAUUCGGGAAAGACAACCUUCGUGAACGUGAUAGCGUCAGGACAGUUCAGUGAGGACAUGAUUCCUACAGUGGGCUUCAACAUGAGGAAGAUCACCAAGGGCAACGUCACCAUUAAGUUGUGGGAUAUUGGGGGUCAGCCUCGAUUCCGGAGCAUGUGGGAAAGAUACUGCCGAGGUGUCAGUGUCAUUGUUUACAUGGUAGAUGCUGCAGACCCAGAGAAGAUUGAGGCCUCGAAGAACGAACUACACAACCUCCUAGACAAACCCCAGCUACAGGGGAUCCCAGUACUGGUUUUAGGGAACAAAAGAGAUGUUCCAGGUGCCUUGGAUGAGAAGGAGCUGAUUGAGAGGAUGAACCUGUCAGCCAUCCAGGACAGAGAGAUCUGCUGUUACUCUAUCUCCUGCAAGGAAAAAGACAACAUUGACAUCACACUACAGUGGCUGAUCCAGCAUUCCAGAACCAGGAAGACAACAACAUGAGGGCUCAACUCACUGGACGACCCCUCUCCCCUUCUUCUACCCUAAGACCAACCGUACCCCUCCUUCUUGCCUCCUCUUCUCUUCCCUUCUCUUAUCACCCUGGUUCCAUUUCUAGCCCCUUCCUUUAUCUCGUACACCUUUGGGUGUUAACAGAUCUGACAGGAUUGGAUAGGUGUGAGAAAUAUGUCAGAAUAUGGACCCAGCGUCACAAUGCUUAUACAAAUCAAAUGUAUACAUAUCUAAUCUUCUCGGAUCUGUGAACAUGGAAUAGAUAGAGACUAGGAGAAGGGGCUGUCCUCUCAUCAUCAGCUCUCCUUUCUUCUUACCCAUCUGAGAUCCCUAUAUUUUACUCUUUAAAAACAGCCCUUCUUCCUCUCUCUACCUGAUUCCAUUCUUGUAAAGAGUGUGUGAAAAAUUAUGAUUUGCACUGUUUAAAUUGUUUUGUUUUCUACCUAUAUGCAUUUUUUACACCAUGUACUUCAGACUGAACAAAGUGGACUCUUGACAGUCACCCACCGAGCAACUCUUGUUUUCGUUGACUGUUAUAGAUUUGUUUCUUUAAAAAAAAUAUAUGUACUAUACUUGUACAGUGUGGAUCUGAUUUUGAUGAGGUUCUGGUCAAGGAGGUAAUCUAUUUUCUCUUGCUUAAAUGAAUCAUGUGUUGUUCAAAGUGCAAACUACUCACACACACACUCACUCACUCAUUCUGCCUACUAACCUGCAUCUUCACAGCUGUUCCCAUAGCAACAUGGUGGCCAUUUUGUCUUUUUACUGGAUCAGGUGACAAGCUCUGACCAAUGAUUUGAUAUUUUAUCGAACACAAUUAUUUCUAAUUUCUUUUGCAUGUUACCUGACUGAAAGGAAAUGCAUUCCUCUUCAAUAGGAAGGAUGUAUACAUUUAAUACAGAGGUCAGCUCACAAGUUUACAAGACAUCAAAGAGAAUUGUUCCAUACUGAUGCAACAGAACUCAAUAAUGUUUUAUACAUGUUCGAUAUCCUUGACAAUAAGUAAAACAAUUUGAUGGUCAUCUUAUCCAAACAAACUUAUUAUUCACCUUGAUGCUGCUCUAUUUGAACAUAUUUUCUCAUAUCACAGUCAGUCUGUUUUGCGUUUGGAAUUGAAACAAUGUAAUAUACGAUUGAUAUCGUGUUAUUUGGGGUAGUUUUAGACCCUGAUUUGAGUUGUACAUAUUCCUAUCAAUAUCAGUUUAAAUUAUAAUUGAAACCAUUUACUUGAACCUUCCUUUAGAGGCCUACAUGACCCUGUCAAACAGUCAUGUUUGCUUAUGGCAACUGAUGGAUUUGGAGAGGUUUGAUGGAGGGGGUCAAGUAAAGUGUUUGCAACCUUGAAAGAGUUUCUCUGAGAAUUUAGCUAGCUAUUCCUAAUGUUAUUUAACAAUAUUUGAAGAUGGCAACUGCAGCUAAUUGGCUAUUUUUAUGUCACCUGACAUUAGCAUGCAUUGACAUUCACAAGCUUUUCUGUCUGACAUGUAUGUUACUAACAAACACAUGUCCAUGAAUGUUAAUGAAUGCUAUGUGCCAUCUCAUAUAACCAUGUUUAAUAUUCAUGAGGACAUAUUUAUGAACUAUUUUAGUGUUAGUGUUUCUUUGUUUUUAUGUUUUGAACAUGAAACCAUGAAAAAAGAUUCAAUACUAAAAUCAUGUUCUAAACAUACCUCAUGGAGCACAGAAAUGAAUUAAAGCACACAAUAACCAACUUUUUUUUUUUUUCAGCAGGUUUUGUCUGAUAAUUCACUCUAAAUAUGAAUCAAGCCGUUGGCUCCUCUACAGUUUCUCCCUGUUGGAUUUAGAGUUUUCAGCUCAGCCUUUAAUGUAGUGUCAUGCAGUUGUAGGGUGCUUCCCAGUAGUCUACCGUGGCUUCCUCUUCUUUGAAUCCUUUCCUUCAUCCGCACAGACAUGACAGAACUAGACUUGUGAAAAAAAAAGCAUCCAUCCAUCAUAUCGCUUUCACACAUGCUGCCUUUUCAUAUCAGUGCAGAUGAAGGAAAGGAGAUGAGUAGACGAAGCCCCUUCAGAAUAUUGAGAUGCAACCUCCUAGUCCCAUCAUUAAUUAAAACACCACUCCAUUGACUUAUUGCCAGUUUAAGGUUGCUAUUUGUUAUUUUAAGUUGAAUGUUUGUACCUGACAUAAUGUACAAUGAGUGAAUUGGCUUGAAGCCCUCAAAGUAAAAAACGGUCUUGUCUCUAAAAUAAAGUGAAAGGUGUAAUUUGUUCCACAAUGCACCUGCCAUGCUACCCUGCCGCUACAGUAA